CUGUCUGUCUGGAUAGAGUUGCUAGGUAGUGCUAACACAUGAACUGAUGUGUUCUCGUUCUCUAGUUUAAUUCAUUUUAUUUUACUCUUCACCUUUUGUGAAAGGAUAACAUUCAAUUUUCAGCAAGCUCUUGUAACUGGAAUAUAUUAGAAGAUGGCAGAUUUUCCUGGGAAGGUGAACACUGAGACAAGUUCACCCCAGCCUCCGACAAGCCAAAACCAGUUUAUGAGCAUGUCUAUGGACUUAUACUUUAUGAAGACAAUUCCUGGGAUCUUGUUGCAGGUGGAGAUUGUUUUAGGCUUGCUGGUGUGGGCACUUGUGUCCAGUACUGCCUAUGGGCUGCUGCCUGCCUUUGGCUGGGUCUUGUUUGUGAGCAUCACACUGUGGAUCCUGACCAUUGUCCUCUUUGUCAUGCUGUUUUUUGGGAUGAGGCAGAAACUGACAUCUAUACCUUGGCCCUUAGUGCUGCUGGUAUUUUAUGGGGUUGCGACCGUACUGUAUCUCACUGCUUUUCUGGCCGAUGCAGCCUCAGUGCCAUACUUCUCCAACUACCCCUUCCAUUAUUAUAGUUUGGCAGCUUCUGCGUUUUUCGCAAUCGUGGUGACUCUGACCUACGGUGCCAGCACCUUCUUUGCCUUCUUGGAUUGGAAGGGGGAUGGGGGAAACGCAGCUACGAGCACAGUGCCAGUGUAAUAACGCCCAGUGUUGGCGCUCACACUCUGUCGAGGGACUUCUAUAAAUUGUGUGUAAAAGUGCACCACUGGAAAACGAAGUGCACUGUGAUGAUGCAGUAUGUUUUAUGGAAACAUUUCAGUGCUGUUUGAGAGCAUUGCUGUGCUGUUAUAGAGUCUCUAUAUGUUGUUUAUGUACAAACCUGUUUUGUAUGAUUUACAUAUGUUAAGGUAUCCUGGCUAAAUGUGUUUUAUUUUUUAUUUUGUAUUUUUUAAACUAAAUCAAACAUAUAUAAUCAAAGAAGUUCCGAAUUCAUAUUUAAUAAAACAAUUUU